CUGCUUGAUGAGUUCACCGACAUCUUCGAGUCACCUACCGGUAUGGUGCCAGAUCGGCCGAUCUCUCACGAGAUCAUUCUUGAGGCCGGUGCCGUGCCGCCGAAAGGUUGCAUCUAUCGGAUGAGCGAGGAGGAACUGGAGGUCCUUCGCGCACAACUCAACGACUUGUUGGCCAAGGGCUGGAUCCGCCCUAGCAGCUCCCCAUAUGGAGCACCAAUUCUCUUCGUAAGGAAGAAGAACAAGGAUCUACGCCUGUGCAUCGACUACCGCAAGCUCAACGCGCAAACUGUGAAAAAUGUGGGGCCUCUUCCUCGUAUCGACGAUCUUCUUGAGCGACUGGGCGGUGCUAAGUUCUUUUCCAAGUUGGACUUGAAGUCGGGGUAUCAUCAGAUUUCGAUACGCCCGAAUGAUUGCUACAAGACCGCAUUCAAGACGCGGUAUGGGCAUUUUGAGUGGGUGGUCAUGCCUUUUGGCCUCACCAAUGCCCCGGCAACCUUCCAAGCGGCCAUGACCCACGAGUUCCGUGCUAUGUUGGAUCGGUUCAUGUUGGUCUACCUAGACGACAUUCUCGUCUACAGACGGACUCUGGAGGACGGCCCGCUAUCGGAGAAAAUUCAAGCCAUCCAGGAGUGGCCGGAGCCGCGUAACGUCACGGAUGUCCGUUCGUUUCUUUGUCUUGCCGGCUACUAUCAGCGCUUCAUCAAGGGCUAUUCGAAGAUCGCAGCCUACUUGACCAAGCUUCAAUGCGAGGAUCGGCCGUUUGACUGCGACGAGGAUGCGCGAGAAUCUUUCUUGGCUCUCAAAGCUGCACUUUUGUCAGCGGAGGUCUUGCGAAUCUACGACCCGCUAUUGCCCACACGCGUCACUACUGAUGCGUCCGGCUAUGGUAUUGGCGCUGUCCUCGAGCAACACGAUGGCGUGGACUGGCACCCGGUCGAGUAUUUCAACAAGAAGGUGUCCGCCGUGCACUCUAUUGAUGAUGCGAGGAAGAAGGAAUUAUUGGCCUUCGUACACACACUCAAGCGCUGGCGGCAUUUCCUUCUUGGUAGACGGCAGUUCCGAUGGGUAACGGACAACAAUCCGUUGGUCUUUUACAAGACCCAGGACACAGUCAACAACACCAUUGCCCAGUGGAUGACCUUCAUUGACCAGUUUGACUUCUUCCCCGAUCACAUUCCGGGCAAGUCAAACCGUUUUGCGGAUGCUCUUUCACGACGUCCGGACCAUUGCACCGCCGUCUACUCGACUUUCGAGAUUGAUAACGACUUGCGGGACAAUUUUAUCCGCGGCUACUAGGCUGACCCCGAGUUUCGCGAUAAGUACGCAAAUUGUUCC